CGUCUCGACUGUCGACAGACAAUCAGGCAAGAUGGUUGGCGUCGGCGACAAGUUCCCGGAUGCGAACCUCCACGACCAGUUCCCCCCCGACUUCAAGGUCCCGGGAUAUCUCGCGGGACAGGACAAGCUCAAGGCGGCGGGCAUCGACGAGGUGCUGGUGUACUGCGUCGACAACGCGGCGGUGAUGUCCGCGUGGGCGGUCGAUCAGAAGAUCGCGGGCUCCAACAUCUCAUUCCUCGGAGAUCCCAACUCCGAGCUCACCUCCGCUCUCGGGAUGACGCUCACCAACCCGGGCCCCGUCGGCAAGCUCGGCCCCAACCGGUGCAAGCGAUUCGCCAUGUACUGCGACGACGGCGUGAUCAAGGUCAUCCAGGUGUCUGAGAACAAGGGCGGCGCCGACGAUCCCGCCGGUGACGACUUCCCCGAGGACUCCUGCAUCGACAACAUGCUCAAGCUCAUCUCCGAGCUCUAAGCGAUCGACGAGACAGUAGUUCGCCGCGAACACUGAGCGAUCUCCGCGUUUGAGCGCCCGCUACGCACGGCGACGGCUACGUGACGCAACCUGGGGUAAAGGGGUGCGCUACACCACCUCCCGGGAAGGCAGAAAAACGCCGUCGCGGUGGCGCUCGAGCUCGAGGGCUCGCUCCGUCUCCGCGUUUGUAAUCAGAGACCCAUCUCCGGUUCAAAAAGCU